AUGGCUCCGUCAAUCUCUAGAGAGAAGUUGGCAUCACUUACCGAGAACAACGCAGACAGGAUCUUGCCCAUCAUUCGUUCAUUCGAACGUAAGGACCAAUCAGCAUGCCAAAACAUUUUUAAGGAUGGAUAUCAAGAGUUUAUAAAAAGUAUCACAGUAACAUAUCUAUCGUUGUUGGUAAGGUACAUUGUCAUGGCUGCUAUGUUUCCAAUACUUGCAGCAGUGAUUUGGUCGGCAUGGAUCUUUGCUGUGUUUGUGGUGAUGGCAUGCAUGGUUUUGGCAUUCAUCGGCAUAUAUUUACAGUUGACAGGCUGGCUCUAUAUUAAUCAUACACUGAAAUCAGGCGAUUUAAAGGAUAUUGAGGAGUCCUACAUGUCGAUUCAACAGUCGCACUUGUGGGUAGCAGAGUUGAAUGGAAGAGUUGUUGGGAUGGUGGGCCUCAUUCACGAGGAAAACUUCGAACAAGGCGUCUAUGAACUCAAGCGCAUGUACGUUGUGCCGAAUUGUAGGAAAAAGGGGAUCGCUAGAAACCUGAUUAAAGAACUAAUCUCACAUGCCAAGACAAAUAGGAUAAAAUUGGUUAUUUUAAAAACAACGUCUACGGUGGUGCCAGCGAUCCAAUUGUACAUGAAGAAUGGUUUCACAUUUUCCAGCGCUGGUUUAAAUGGCAAGUUAACCGACGUGCCUGUCAUCAACAAACGGAGUUUACCACAAGACAUACACCUUAAGUUAGACAUUUCCUCAUUAGCUGCACCUUAA